GUUCAUGUAGCCAAUCGGGAAUCCAACAUUGACCCCCUCGGGAGGCACCGAGCUCCGUCGGCUCGUUUCCGGCGGUCGCGCGCUCUUUUCUCGGGACGGUGGAGGCCGUGCAGCGUCGCCGUUAGUCUGAGCAAAGAACUGUGGGCAGAGGAAGUCGAGGUUAGCGAGGACUGGGAGACAGACACUGUGCUGUGCUCAAAUCCAAGUCAAGGGUGUAAACAUGCAGAGCAAUAAAACCUUUAAUUUGGAGAAGCAGAACCACACUCCAAGGAAGCAUCAUCAGCAUCACCAUCAGCAGCACCAUCAGCAGCAGCAGCAGCAGCAGCAGCAGCAGCAGCCACCCCCACCAGUACCUGCAAAUGGACAGCAGGCCAGCAGCCAGAAUGAAGGUUUAACUAUUGAUCUGAAGAACUUUAGGAAACCAGGAGAGAAGACCUUCACCCAAAGAAGCCGUCUCUUUGUGGGCAAUCUUCCACCUGACAUCACUGAGGAGGAAAUGAGGAAACUUUUUGAGAAAUAUGGGAAAGCAGGCGAAGUUUUCAUUCAUAAGGAUAAAGGUUUUGGCUUUAUUCGCUUGGAAACACGAACCCUGGCAGAAAUUGCCAAAGUGGAAUUGGAUAAUAUGCCACUCCGUGGAAAGCAGCUGCGCGUGCGCUUUGCCUGUCAUAGUGCAUCCCUUACAGUCCGCAACCUUCCUCAGUACGUGUCCAACGAACUGCUGGAAGAAGCCUUUUCUGUCUUUGGGCAGGUAGAGAGGGCUGUGGUCAUUGUGGAUGACCGAGGAAGGCCCUCAGGGAAAGGCAUUGUUGAGUUCUCAGGGAAGCCAGCUGCUCGAAAAGCCCUGGACAGAUGCAGUGAAGGCUCCUUCUUGCUAACCACAUUUCCUCGGCCUGUGACUGUGGAGCCUAUGGACCAGUUAGAUGAUGAAGAGGGACUUCCAGAGAAGCUGGUUAUAAAAAACCAGCAAUUUCACAAGGAGCGAGAACAGCCACCCAGAUUUGCACAGCCUGGGUCCUUUGAAUAUGAGUAUGCCAUGCGCUGGAAGGCACUCAUUGAGAUGGAGAAACAACAGCAGGAUCAAGUGGACCGCAACAUCAAGGAGGCUCGUGAGAAACUGGAGAUGGAGAUGGAGGCAGCACGCCAUGAGCACCAGGUUAUGCUAAUGAGGCAGGAUUUGAUGAGGCGUCAAGAAGAGCUUCGGAGAAUGGAGGAACUGCAUAACCAAGAGGUUCAGAAACGAAAGCAACUAGAGCUCAGGCAGGAAGAGGAGCGCAGGCGCCGUGAGGAAGAAAUGAGGCGACAACAAGAAGAAAUGAUGCGGCGACAGCAAGAAGGAUUCAAGGGAACCUUCCCUGAUGCGAGAGAACAAGAGAUACGGAUGGGCCAAAUGGCUAUGGGAGGUGCUAUGGGCAUAAACAAUAGAGGCGCCAUGCCUCCUGCUCCUGUGCCAACUGGUACCCCAGCUCCUCCAGGACCUGCCACUAUGAUGCCAGAUGGAACUUUGGGAUUGACCCCGCCAACAACUGAACGUUUUGGCCAAGCUGCUACAAUGGAAGGAAUUGGAGCAAUUGGUGGAACUCCUCCUGCAUUCAACCGUCCAGCUCCUGGAGCUGAAUUCGCUCCAAAUAAACGCCGCCGAUACUAAAUAAAGUUGCAGUGUUUAGUUUCCCGCAA